GGGCCUAAGCUCACAGAUACGAGGUGCGGGUUGCGGUAGGUGGGUUCCAGGUACCGGUUUGACUAGACUCACCUUCUGUGGGCGUGGCUAUCCUCAGAAGGGGCGGGGCCGUUGAGGAGCGUCUACAAGAAGGCAGUGACCUGCACGGCUCACCAUGUGGAGGGAGACGCUGUCUGUUGUGUUUUUGUUUUGUUUUUUUUUUUUGGUCUGGAACGCCUCACACAUCGUAACCAUAUAAGACGCGUUUCUGUUUAGGUUACUCGACGUUGUGUUUUUAAUUUGAUAGCAAGGCACUGGACAAAGACCAGCCAGACUCCUGAGUUUUAAAUACUUUUAAACCUUUUUUUGUAGUUACUCCUGACUGUCAGGUUUACAGUGUCGUCAUGGAGAAAGACGACUGUCACCCGGCAACACAUCCGUUCAUUCAUGAGCUGAAGCUGACCCGGGCGCAGAGGAUCAGGAGCCUCGUGUUGGGCGUCGUGCUGGUCCCGCUGCGCGUCCUCCUCGCCGCCGUGUUCUUCCUCCUCAUGUGGCUCAUCGCCCCGCUGCGGACGGCCGGGCUGUCUGCGGAGGAGCGCGCUCGGCCCAUCAAGGGCUGGCGGCGCUGGUUCUUCCACCCAAUCAUCUGCCAGCUGAGCCGCGCCGUCUUCUUCUCGCUGGGCUUCCUGUGGGUGAGGGUCAAAGGUCGCAGGGCCGGCCUGAAGGAGGCGCCGGUGCUGGUGGUUGCGCCGCACAGCAGCUUUCUGGACAUGCUCAUACUGUGUCCAACGCAGCUGCCAACGGUGGUGUCGCGCUCGGAGAACGCCAGCCUGCCGGUCAUAGGAGCACUGCUUGAUUUCAACCAGUCUGUGCUGGUGAGCAGGAAGGACCCGGAGUCCAGGAAAAAAGCGGUGUCUCAGCUCAACGAGAGGCUGACGUCCAACGGCUACUGGCCUCAGAUGCUGAUGUUUCCUGAGGGAACAACAACUAAUGGCAAGGUGCUCAUCAAGUUUAAGCCUGGUGCCUUCCUGGCUGGAGUCCCAGUGCAGCCAGUUCUGUUGCAUUACCCCAACAAGCUGGAUACUGUUCGCUGGACAUAUAGAGGAACAACAUGGACUGAGGCGCUGUGGAACACGACAUCACAGCUCUACACCAACAUGACUGUGGAGUUCCUGCCGGUGUACAACCCUUCCCCAGAGGAGAAGGAGGAUCCCAGCCUGUAUGCCGACAACGUUCAGAAACUUAUGGCCGCGGCCCUUGGCAUCCCAGCAACAGACUUUGUGAUGGAGGGUAGAUUUCCUGUCUGUAAACUGGGCGGCCUGUCUCUCCCAGUGGAGCUGGAGUCCCCUCCCAGAGAAACGCUCUCGCUGCUGUACAAACACGGUCUAAAAGAACCUGAAGUGGAAGCAGCUUUAAAAGAAAUGAUUGACAGGUGUCAGUCACGGUCCCAGGAGUCAACGGUCAGUGCAGAGGAGCUCGGCUCUAUUCUUGGAGUGACUGAUGGAGAGACUGCUGCCACGAUCUGUAGCCUCUUCUCCAAGGAUGAAAGUGUGGACCUGAGGCAGGUCUGUUUGAGUGUCGCUGCCAUAUCGGGAUUUUUUAGCUUCAAAUCUCUCCUUCAUACUGGUUUCAAUCUGUUUGACAGUGAAGGUAAAGGCAGUCUGAAUGCACAAACACUGUCAGGCCUCAUGGGGGCGCUGUUGGGUUUCCCUCAGCACAACAUCUCUCAGCUUUACACUGAGGCCGCCAGUGAAGGCCAAGUUACUGAAGAGAACCUACUGCGAGUGCUGACGACCCACCAGACCUACCAGAGAGUAGUCAAUGAGUAUCUGCGGCCAGAGGCGUUGCUCGAUGGAAAGACUAUUAACAACAACGCAAAUGCUGUGCACAACGGCAACGGAUCCCUCCACUACAAGAAAUCAGAAUGAGACGUUUUAAAAAUUCAGUUGCUGUUGGACUUUUUGACACUGUUCGGCAACUGGAUUAUGAAAUGUAAGGCCAAUAGUGUCUCACCCGUUGUAGUCUUAACUGUGCUUUUUUACUUUUUUUUUUUAAUGCAGUCAUUCAGGUAUGGGCAAAAGAUUUUGAUUAGCUCAAAAAUAUUUAUUUAUAGAAUUUAUGUAUAAAUGGUUUUUAUAUGGAAUUAUGUGUAAAAAGGAAUCAAUUACUGAUGUUUUAUGUAAAUUCUUUUUGUAUUUAACAAUAAAUAAAAUUGACUUCUGUG